UUCUGUCUAUGUAAACUUAUAAGCUAAAAUCUAUACAUAACCUACACUAACCCGUAGAAAGUCGGAAUUAGUCCCAAGCAUCGGAGUAUUUAUGUUAUAGGGUAAAGUCUAUGUACAUCACGGAACGGGCCGCACGUUUCGAACGCGAUGACCCCAGCCCCGCAACUAUAACUUUAAGCUUAAUUUUUCGAGAUGCAUCAGACAUAACCAGGUACCUAUAUAAAAUAAACUAUGGUUCAACAAGCAAAACUGCGCGGUAGGAAGUCCCAGCAGUGCGGCUGAUGCGAGCUAAGGAAAUUAGCACAUUCCUGUUUCUGGUACCCAUUCUCAAUAAAGCCAUCUUAUCUCCUUACGAUGUGAGAGUGGUUUACUAGCUAUCUUACUUUAUUUAGAGGUGGUUAUGCACUCCUGGCUUUCUGAAUACGGUCCUCCACUAAAGUUACCCCGACAUCACUGAGCAAAAUGGCUCCUCUGCUACCCGUCCUACGGCGCGCUUUCGAUCCGAGCGCUCCUUCGAGCGACUUUACGAGCCAGUUCACAAAUCCAAGUGACGUUUUCUCCGUGCUCCUUCUUCUCGGCGGCGACGUCGUUGCUCGUGCACUCGCGCAGUUGGUGGGGUCGCGCAUCACCCCAGUUGCAUUCUCAUUUGGAUGGGUUGCAUACGCCGUAACCGCCGUUCUAUCCGCCAUUGGUGGGAACAGGCUGAUGCCCGCCCCCGACUACUCGUGUAAAGUCGUCAACGCGCAAAACGGAUUUGUGCGCGACAAUGAUAGUUGGGUUAUCGGGCGCAUCGUCCGGGACUUUGAGACGUGGAUGGACAGUCAACCACAGGCCCAGAACACCGAUGCUGAUGGUGCUGUAGAGGUAAAUAGAGCUACUGUCCGGAAUCCGGUUGAGAAUAGUGUCAAGGAGAUUAUCGAUCUGAGCUGGGAGGAUAUGAAGCGGCGCGCUCGAGAAAGGGGGAAAUUGGAACCGGCACGACCGCCCAAAACAGGAUUGUGUGUUCCAGUUUACAGGGCAAGGAAGCCGUUCAAGAAUCACCCCGGGUACGAUUCCCCUUAUAUUGCUGGGCUUGUUACCUGUCUCUUACAACUCGGGGUGGCAGCUAUACCGUGCGGUUUAUACGGCAAUUGGAGUAUUCUACUCGUGACCGCAGCAGGCAUGAUAUUGGCCUUCAUCUCGGGAGCUAUUCCCCAGUGGGCUAAAGAGAAAUGGGCCUGUCGCGAGGACACAGAGAAGACAUUCGCGUUGACUAGAGGGAAUGGCAGCCAAUAUGCCAUAGUAAUUCAAGGUGCUGGUGUUGGCUUUGACCUAGAGGACCUUGCCGCUUCUGAUUGGGGAACAAUCAAGUCGUGGCCGGCAAGGCUAGUUGUUCUUGUUCUGGCUGUCCUCUGGAUCUUCCUCCUGAUCGCCGCCUCGGGGAUCCAACAAAAUACUUGGUUUCUUCUCGCGGUGGGUGGCUUAGGCAUCUUGCAAAACACUUAUGUUGCCGGUGCUAGUCGCUCACCAGAGGCAUUUGGUAUGCCCCUUGAGUUUGUAGAAGUGAUUGCGAAGCAUAAAGUUAUGGAUGCAUUGCUGGCUGUCGAAGACCGCUAUCCUCGCGUAGGCAGAAGUCUACUACCUAUUUUCUUCGCAGAGGAGUUAAACGAGGAGGAAACGGCAAAGUGGAAAAGCUACGGAAAUAAAAAUAAAAUAUAAAGAUCAAAGAGUAAUAAUGAGCAUAAGACUAAGAAAGGGGAUGAUUUGAUUGAUUUAAAGAAUUAAUAUUAAUUUUCAGGAAUCUAUCACAAGGAACAUGUUCAGGGCAUAUCGUAGUUUGUCUGGUUUUCAAGUUUUCUGGGUAUUUCAUUGAUUUAUAUGAGUUCUACUUACACUGAAACAGGCACCUGCUUAAUGA